CCUCGUCGCAUCUUUCAAGUAACUUCAAGCCUUUAAGCACUUCGCCGUUGCUCGGAUACAUUACAAUACCACCCCGGGAUAUACAGUUUCAACAUGGCAGAUUCCGCGUUGAACGCAGCCGCCCCAACCAACAACCCGGCAUCCGAGACUAUUCCAGCGCAGGACGCGCCCGCGGAGGGCCCGGAACCCACGCAGCCGACGGAAGACGGCGCCGAGCAGGCCGAAGAUGCCCCCUUCCUCGUGAAGAUUGUCCUGCCCCACGCCGGCGAGCCGUUGGAGAUCCCGGUGUCCCCGCUGGAGCAAAUCCACGAGAUCCGCCAGUCCAUCAUCGAACACCCCGUUGCUGUGCAAUACUCGUGCUUCCACCUCGAACAUAACGGACAGCGCAUCAACGACUUUGUCCAGGUCUCCGAUGUCGAGGGUCUCGCUUCCGGCUCCGAGCUGCGCGUCGUCGAAGACCCGUACACCGAGAAAGAUGCCAGAAUUCAUUUCAUUCGGAUCCGGGAACUGAUUGGCGCCGCCGGGGACCGGACCGACACCGCGCAGGGCAUCUUUGCCGGUGUCUCGAUCCACGACGAUGUUGUUGCCGCGGCCGCCGAGGAGGCUGAGAAGGAAGUUCAGCCAUACGAUUUCGAUGCGAACCCUGACCUCUCCGUCCUCCUUCCGAAGGAGACAUCUUCGGCGCCCAAGACCGUCAAGCAGAUUUCCCUGUCGCCGUGGAACCCGCCUCCGGCGCAGUGGCGGCAAAAAGGCCAUCUCCUCUACAUCUCCGUCACUACAAACGAGGGCGAGCAAUACCACGUCACGGGCCACGUCGGCGGCUUCUUCGUGAGCAACUCGAGCAAGGACAAGUUCAACCCAACACCUCGGAGCGAUGCCAAGGCCGCCUCGGCUCACUCUCUCUUCAGUCUGCUGGAGAAGAUUUCGGCGUCCUUCUCCAAGUCCUUUGCCGAGUUCCAGAAGUUCGCGAGCACCAAGGAGCCCCUGGCGACCUUCCAAAUCGGAAACACUAUUCCAUCAGCGCCCUGGAUUGUGCCUUCUUCGUCGUCCUCGUUGUGCGCCCACAUCCCUGAUCCGACGAGGCCACAGGAAACGUUCCUGCUGGGCGGUGCCGAGAACACCGAUUCGCUGAGAGACUGGAAUGAGGAGUUCCAGUCCGCGAAGGAGCUGCCUAAGGACACCAUCCAGGACCGCGUCUUCAGGGAACGACUGCUUGCCAAGCUCUACGCCGACUACAACGAUGCCGCCGUGCGCGGCGCCGUCCUCGUCGCCCGCGGUGAGGUGGCGCCUCUCAACCCGACCGAGGGCAAGGAUGCUCAAAUCUUUGUCUACAACAAUGUCUUCUUCUCGUUUGGCGCCGACGGUGUCGGCACCUUCACCAGCGAGGGGGGCAACGAGGCUGCGCGCGUUGCCACAGGAAAGGACGUCCACGGUGUCAAGCUGGUCAACCAGCUCGACAUUGAUGGCCUGUACACCCCCGGCACCGUCGUGGUCGAUUACCUCGGCAAGCGCAUCGUUGGCCAGAGCAUCGUCCCGGGAAUUUUCAAACAGCCCGAGCCUGGCGAGAACCAGAUCCACUACGGCGCGGUCGAUGGCAAGGACGUCGUGGCCGCGGACGAGAGCUUCGGUCCCUCGUUCGAGAAGUUGGCUCAGGCCCUCAGAGUCAAGAAGCAUCCCGUUUGGGACAAGGAGAACAAGCGGUUCGACCUUGAGGCCAGCGUCGAAAUGAAGGGCCUCCUCGGCACCGAUGGCCGCAAGUACGUUCUGGACUUGUAUCGCAUCACCCCGCUGGAUAUCGCCUGGAUGGAGGAGAGCGGUCCCGAGGGCGCCGAGUAUCCUCACAGGAUGACGGUGCUGCGUCCUGAACUCGUGGAGGCUCUGGGCAAGCAAAAGGCCCGCGAAUUUGUCAGCGCUGAGCUGCAGAAGCGGGCCGCGCUGAAGAAACAGGCUGACGCGGGCGGCGACGCAAAGGCCGAGAAGCCAGAAGGCGAGAACGCCGAGGAGAAGAGCGAGGAACCUAAAGCGGAGGCCGCUGAGGAUGCCGAUACUACCAAUGAGAAGAAGGACGAGGAGAAGACGGAUAAGACCGACCGGAUCGACAUGUCCAACUUCAAAUUCGCCCUCAAUCCCGACGUCUUCAGCGGUCAGAACCCGCAGACGGACGAGGAGAAGGAGGAGAUGGCCAGGGACGAACAAGAGGUUCGCGAUGCCUGUGCUUACCUUCGAGACUCGGUCAUCCCAGCCCUCAUUCGGGAUCUCAACGAGUCGGAUAUUAGCUUCCCCAUGGACGGCCGGUCUCUCACUGCCUUGCUGCAUCGCCGCGGCAUUAACCUGCGGUAUCUGGGCAAGCUGGCGUCCUUGAGCGAGAACACUCGAUUGGCGAGCUUCCGCGAGGUCUGCGUCCGUGAGAUGAUCGCGAGAUCAUUCAAGCACGUCGCUGCGAAGUACUUGAAGACUCUGCCGCUGCCGCUCACUUCGUCUUGCUUCGCUCACCUCUUCAACUGUCUCCUGGGCACUGGGCUGAACCCCAAGCCUGUCGCUGAUGUCGACGAGUCCUACCGGUCCCUCUUCAGCGAGGCAGAUCUUGCGUUCGAGAAGGUCACGCCUGAGAGCUUGAGGGAGGAGAUCCAGCGCGAGACGGCCCGUCGGUUCAGGUUCGUGCUGCAGGAUGGCUGGUGGAGCCAGAUCAGGCACUUGCAGCUGCUGCGCGAGACCGCUCUGAAGCUGGGUCUGCAGAUCCAGAUCAAGCGUUUUGCCUUCACCCAGCCUGCGGAACCUACGCCGGUGGCGCAGACCAACGGUCAGCUCCAGGCGGAGUCCGCCGGCAAGAAGAAGAACAAAAAGAAGUCCCGCGAAGGGUCGCCAGCAAGCGCGCCAUCACCGGUCGCCGCGCCGCACACCUUCAGCCCUGAUGACUUUGUCAACGUGGUGCCCAUCGUCAAGGACUCUUGCCCGCGCAGCGCGCUGGCAGAGGAAGCGCUGGAAGCCGGCCGCCUCUCGAUCUACCAAAACCAGAGGAAGCUUGGCGAGGACCUCCUUCUCGAGUCGCUGUCCCUGCACGAGCAGAUCUACGGCCUCGUCCAUCCCGAGGUCGCGCAGAUGUACCACACGCUGUCUCAGCUGUACUUCCAGCUGGAACAGAAAGAUGCCGCUGUCGAGCUGGCCAAGAAGGCGGCCAUCGUUUCCGAGCGGACGGUGGGCCUCGACUCGGCCGAGACGGUGUUGAACUACCUCAACCUCAGUCUCUUCCUCCACCAGCGCGGCGACAGCAAGCUCGCGCUCGGCUACGCCAAGCACGCCCUCGGCCUCUGGAAGAUCAUCUACGGCCCCGACCACCCGGACACCAUCACGACCAUCAACAACUACGCGGUGAUGCUGCAGAGCAUCAAGGCGUACCACGAGUCGCGCCGCUGGUUCGAGGAGUCGCUGCGUGUCUGCGAGAAGGUGUUUGGCCGGCAGUCGGUCAACUCGGCGACGCUGUUGUUCCAGCUGGCGCAGGCCCUGGCGCUCGACCAGGACUCCAAGGCGGCCGUCGACCGCAUGCGCGAGAGCUACAACAUCUUCCGCACCACGCUCGGCCCGGACGACAAGAACACCAAGGAGGCCGAGCACUGGCUCGAGCAGCUCACGCACAACGCCGUCUCCAUCGCAAAGCAGGCCAAGGACCUGCAGGCGCGCCGCGCCCGCGCCGGCUACCGCUUCGCGUCCCGCGCCGUCAGCGUCGGCGCCUCGGCCACCGGCGCCGCCGGCGCGGCCGCCUCGGAGCUGGCCGGCAAGCCGACGCCGCCGCCGUCGAUGGACAGCCGCAGCAUUGACGAGCUGAUCCGCUACAUCGAAGGGACGGAUAAGAAGAGCAAGACCGGCGGCGCGGGCGGCAGCGGCGCGGGCGCGAAGAAGCGCGCUGGCAGGGGCAACCCCAAGAGGAGGGGCGGCGCGGCCGCGGCGAGCGCUUGAGUGAGCGGCCACCACCAACCCACCGCCGGCCGAAUCAGUCAAUCUGUGGACACCCAUCCAUCAAGCGAUGGAUGAUGAUGCUGU